AUUGCAAAUUCGACGAUAUUGUUAAAAAUAUAUUUUCAUAAUUUAGUGCAAUCAGAUUGUUACACCCAAUUAAUAUAAUUAUUUUGUAGCUCUGAAUAUCUCUUUGUUGCAUAUACAUACAUUGUAUAUGAAUACCAUAUAUCGGCUGGGAAUAUCGUCAAGAGUGUAUGGCCAGUUAUCUCACCCCUAGUGUACAGUCGCCUCAGUCGCGACGGUGGAUAUAUAAAUAAUUGUUGUUUUUUUUCGCGGCAAAAAGUGCAAACAUUCUUUUUACGACAUCACAAUUCAAGGAAAACAACACGAGCAAUGGUUAAGCUAGGCAAAAAAAAAUUAGCAGAGCUCUCGGAAAUAAGCAAAAAGAAAUCAGCCGCAUGCUCCGACAGUGAUGAAAAUCCGAAAAAUGGAGCCAACAAUUCAAGUGAUGAUGAUGACUCCGAAAUUGUCAACGAUAAGCAGGAAACUGGCUCGAAAAAACAACGGGCGUCCGUGGCAUCCACAAAGAUCACCAUUAAUGACAGCGACACGGAUGGGAGCGAUGAUCUGCCAUUGAAUGGCAGCAAAGCGUCCAGCUCGAGUGGACCGCCCCGAAAGAAGCAAAAGAAGACGCCCAAAUCGAAGGGCAAAGCAGCGCUGCAGGCGGCGGCUGCUGAAAAGAAUAAAAACAAAAAAUCGUCAACCAAAGCCGUAUCAGAUGACAAUAAUGAUGACAAUGACGAUGACAACGCCAACGCCGAUGAUGAUGUUGACAGGGAAUUCGAGGUGGAGGCGAUUGUAGGUCACAAGUCGAAGAACGGCGAGUCGUUUUUCCUGGUUCGCUGGAAGGGUUACGGCAAGGAGGACGACAGCUGGGAGCCGGAGGCCGAGCUUAAUUGCGACGACCUGAUCGAGGAAUAUCGUAAAAAGAACAGCAAGAAGAGCGCCGGAGCUGGCAAGAAAUCGCCGGCAGCGGCAAAGGGUGUACGCGGCCGAAAGGCGAGCAGCAAGACUGUGUCCACCGAUCCGGAUAAGGAAUGGGCAGUGGAACGCAUAUUGGACUCAGUCCAUGACGAUGAGCACGGCGUUCUCUAUCGCAUACGCUGGAAGGGCUUCGGUGCCAAGGAGGACACCUGGGAGCCUGAAUCGAAUCUAUCCUGCGAGGGCCUAAUCGAAAAGUACAAGAGGAGACUGAACGAGGAACGCAACGUAGACGCGAAACAGUUGCGAGAAUCGCCGAAGAAAACGAAACGCUUGGUCAACGAGACAAUUCCACGCUCUAAUUUACACAAUCGAAUCGAGCGUUCCUCGAAGCGAGCCGCAGCGAAAAAUCGCGUUUUCUAUGGCGAGGAAUAGGAGAACGGGACUUGUAGUUCAAUACGAGAUAUUUGACGACAAAUAACAACAAAACAAAAAUAACAAAGAGAAAAAAGUGCAGUAUCGAAUUCGGAGUAGUAAUUGAAAUGAAUAACAGUUUUAAAGCGAUUAGCUUAAGUUGAUGAAACGUGAAACCUUACUGAAGGCCUGGCACGUUCCUAGUUCUUAAGAGUAUAAAUUGUCUAAGUACGUGAAAACCAUUAACCAACAAAUAAAAAAUAAAAAAUAAAAUAUUAAAACAGAAUUUCUUCUAAGGUUUUAGGUUAUGACAAAAAAUAUAAUUCCCUCUUUAUAAUGUAUUAUCGUAGUCAACUAAAUUAAACUACACUUUCUAUUAAGUUUUCCAUAAACAAAUAAAUAAGAAUGUAAAAUAUGUUUCAAACAAUUUA